ACAAAAUCGUGUGACACAACAUGGAAAGAGCGGGUUGGAAAGAGCCGUAAUAUGGUAUACCUCAAGCGGGAAGACGGGCUUGAAACUCUCGGCCCUCACUAUAAGAACCCCUGCCCCGCCUAACAACCUUCCAUUCAGUAUCAAGGUAGCACUUAGGUACUCUCCCGUCUAGCCGAUCUCUAUCAGGAUAGUAACUUGCAGAUACACUUGCAAAAUUAAGUUUUUGCGGUGUUUAUCUCAAAAAAAUUUGUUGUUUAGAAAAACUUUUUUUGAAAAGUAUUUCUAUUAAUUCUCUAUUCAUUCUAUCGUUAUCUAGAAUUUUUUUUUGAUCCAUAAAAAACAGCAUCUAUUUCGAUUCACGUUGGAUUGUUUUUCUCUUCACUCUUUUCAAUCCCCUCUUCUUCAUCAUCAUCUUGUUAUCUUUAAUCCCCACUUCUACCUCCGUUCUCCAUUCAGACACCUUGGUUUCUUCAAUCCACCCUGCUUGUUCUCUUCUAUCGUUGGUCCUGCCCCUUCUUCUUCUUCUUCUUCUUCUUUCCUCCUCGUUGCAACUUUUUUCCAAUCAUCCUUCUUUUUUCCUUCCAUCAAUUCUUUCUUUUUACCUUAUUGCCUUGCCUUAUUGCUCUCUCAACUUUUUUCAUGGGACAGUGUUUCUUGUAUGUAUUCACACAAACACACAACUGUAUGCAUGUGCGAUUUUCACGAAAAGACACACCGUCAGCAACUUUAGUCAGAAGUCAAUUGGAUCACUGCCUCUCCGGAAGUACCUCCUCCUUUCGGUGAUAAUCCGGGUGGAUGGUCAAUCCUUUGGUUGAGCGGGCGGUAAGAAGAAGAAGAAGAAGGCGAAGACGAUACACCGAGGGGAGGGGGGUCGAGGAAAGGCUCAAGAGAGAAUAUAGCGAUAAGUGUGUAUGAUUGUACGCGAAAAAGACCUCUCAACACGGUGGAAUUUCUAACGGUAUCCGUGCUUUGCCAAAUGCACUUUCGGAUCGCGAAGUAACCGCGCAACACGCUCCGAGUGAGUACAUAAAGAGUGUCUUAGGUCUUAGGAGUUUCGCACCAUACAAUCAGGAAGGAUCAAGUGCAACGACGACGACGACGACAACGACGACGACCUUCUGCUGGGUAUUUCGUGUGACAUUGGGAGAGAGAAAAGGACCUUGACCUAGUGUACAAGACGUUAUUCGCCGGAGAACUUGGAACACGUCCUUGACCGGAAAUCAUGACGGACACUGUCUUCUGGCUCCUCUGCUCCUGUUGCACAAUUUUAUUAUUAAUCCUUAGACAGACGAAUAAAUCGAAAUCGCGGAAAUUCAAUGAAAAGAGGAAUUUCAGGUUGACUGAGACACAACAGAGGAAUGAGAGUGUUAGUAAUGAUGGUGCGAAAGAAAGAGAAAUGGAAGAGGAAGUAAGGAACAAGUCUGAUGAGACGAUGGUGAAAGUUUUGAAAGGUCCGAGAAGUCUGCCAUUUAUUGGAAGCUUGCAUCUAUUGAGAGCACCUGGUGGACCAUUUGAGGCAUUUACCAAUUUAGCAAAAUUAUAUGGGAGCAUUUAUCAAAUACAAUUAGGUGUUGCAAAAUGCGUUGUUGUCAGCAGCUACGACAUGGUCAAGGAAGUCCUGAUUACGAAGGGAAGUCACUUUGGCGGUCGUCCAGACUUUAUCCGAUUCCAUAAACUUUUUAACGGAGAUCGAAAUAACUCGCUCGCUUUAUGUGAUUGGUCAGAUCUUCAGCGGAAGCGCAGGUCACUGGCGAGGAGUUUCUGCUCACCACGAGGUGGAAGUUUCCAGUUAGAAGAAUUGACACGAGUGGCGUAUACAGAAAGUUUUGAAUUUCUCAAGAUUCUUAAGCAAGAAGAAUAUUUUCCAAAUCUCAAUGGACAACAACCAAUAAAACCAUUGAUGCUUGCCGCAGCUGCCAAUAUGUUUACUGGUUACAUGUGCUCGACUCGCUUUGGUUACAAUUGUGAUAGAUUCAAUAAAGUUAUCAGUAAUUUUGAUAAAAUAUUUUGGGACAUUAAUCAAGGAUAUGCGGUUGAUUUUAUGCCAUGGCUUUCACCAUUUUAUUCACACGUAUUUAAACGCCUACAUCUUUGGACUUCGGAAAUAAGAGAUUUUAUAUUAGAUAAAAUUGUUAAUCCUCGGCGAGGAAAGUAUGAUGAAAAUAUUGGUCAACUUGAUUUUACUGACAAUCUUUUGAUACAAUUGGAGAGUCCUGAUUCUGAAUUAUCUUGGGAACAUAUUAUUUUUGAACUAGAAGAUUUUAUUGGUGGUCAUUCUGCGAUUGGCAAUUUGGCAAUGAUCAUCUUUGCAUAUGCAGUCAUUUAUCCUGAAGUGCAGAAAAAGAUUCAAGACGAGUGUGAUGAGGUUUUAUCGAAAUCAGGAAGAAGUUUAAUUUCUCUAGACGAUAAAAAGGACAUGCCCUAUACAGAAGCUGUAAUGUGGGAAACGUUGAGAGCAAAUAGUUCUCCAAUUGUACCGCAUGUUGCUACACAAGAUACUGAAGUUGGCGGAUAUGUUGUCAAGAAAGAUACUGUUGUUUUUAUCAACAAUUAUCAACUUAAUUUGGGAGAGGAAUACUGGGGACCUGAUUCAAAAGUUUUUCGACCAGAACGCUUUUUGAAAUCGAUUGUUGAUAAAGUUGAUGGUCAACGGAAAAAUAUUGUUGUUAAACCGAAUUUUUUCUUUCCGUUUUCUACUGGGAAGAGAACUUGCAUUGGUCAAAAAUUGGUUCAGGGAUUGACUUUUGUUUUGGUCUCGACAAUUCUUUCAAAUUAUGACGUCUUUGCCGUCGACGAUGUAAUGAGUCGAUUACAACCUGGACUCGUGGCCCUUCCGCCAGAAACGUUUCAUUUAAAGCUAAAACCACGGAAGUAGUUUUAAUAAUGUUACUCAUGAACUUUACUUUAUCCAAUUAUCAAAAAUAGCGUAUAAUUAAUUUGAUGUAUUUGGUAUUAACAUUUUUCAGAGCGACGUAAUCAACACCAAAAAUUGCAUGUAUUAGCUAAUUUGUGAAAAUGAUUUUAAUUAUCGCUUGUCCUUAAAUCAUGUUAAGAAACAUUAAACUUUCUGUUUUAGUUGUAAUAGCAUUUUUUUAAAACAUUUUUUAUAGUCUUUUUUAAUGCAAGCCUAGUUUUUUAAAUUUUCGUUUGGAAAAACAUAUUUAUUUUUUUGUAGAAUAAAUUACUUCGAAAAAGACUCAUUUUAUAAGAAUUUUCUACAUGGUGCUUUCAUUUAUUUAAUUUUAAGAGAUACUGAAUGGUAUAUUAUGUAUGAUAUUCAAUAGAAUAUUAAUUGCGAUGUC